AUGGCUGCAGUAAGAUUACGAAAGGCUUUUCGAUACCCCGAGGAAUCAGAUGGGGAGCGAGAGGAGUUGGAUGAAGAAGAACAAGAACGGGUCAUCGAGCAGUUGCAGAGCCAGAACGAUGCCCGCAAUGCUCAGUACAGUAUGAUUUUUACUGCUAUUCCACUGCUGGCUGCAACAUUAUUUGUGCCUUCGGUGCUGUCAGCCUCCAGUCAGUCUGAACGAUUGUUCUCGCUUCUUAGCCUUGUCUCGUUGUUGACAACAGCCUAUAUCAUGAAAUGCUCUCCUCUCCAGCCUGACCACAAAGGCAAGAAGCCUGUGACUUUCCAUACCGAACGUAUUGCUCGGAUCCAUGCGGCUCUAGUACCUGGCACCAGUGCAGUUUGCUUGUUGUUGGCUUUGGUCUAUCUUUCUACAGGAUCAUCUUAUGAGAUCCGGCCAGUGCUAUACUUGAUUCCUGGAGUCAUGCUUGUAGUGAUCCUACUUGCUCAAAAGGUCAUGCUCUCUGUUGACCUUGCAUCCCUCAAGGAUCUACAAUACCAGUACAAAGGUGCCUAA